AUGGAAGCGAUUUUGUCCUCCGACGUGAAGAAAGACGAGAAUUACUACACCAUCUUGGGCUGUGAUCCAAGCUCGUCAAUCGCGAAGGACACGCUGUGCGACCCGGAACAGCGAGUGAAAUACGACAAAUGGCUUAACAGCGGCUUGGCGAUUUCGUACGAGCAGUGGAGCGGGAUGCCACCCAUGACUACGACUCUGCACUGGGCGACCCCGAACACCAAGGAACGCAUGCUGGAACCGGGCACGUCCCAGGCAGCGCAAGCAGGCCAAGCAGGACCCCCUCCUACUGCGAAGCCCGGCAGCAGGAGGGCCUCGGAGCAGGUGUCUCACAUCCUUCACGGGAGGACCAAGGAGACCGUGAGAGUCCCGCGCCCUUCGGAGGUGUGGGAGAGGGACACCUCCGAAGUCAUGAAGAAAUUUAGGAACUAUGAGAUCUAAGGACGGCCGCUACUCAGCAGGAAAACCAAGCUUAUGAUUUAUGGAGAUCAGGUUUUUUUUUUCCCUUUCUGAUUCUCUCUCUCUCUCUCUCUCUCUCUCUCUCUCUCUCUCUCUCUCUCUCUCUCUCUCUCUCUCUCUCUCUCUCUCUCUCUCCUAUUCCUCGCUUACUUUUCCUCCUCACUGUCUUAUCUUUCGACUUGUCAGAUUUGUGAAGAAAACACACUUUUUCGAGCGAAUAUACAUGUGCGUGAUAAUUGUUUUUUUAGAAUUAUAUUUUUGUAUUCUUACUGUAGUGUCUUGUCUUGCCACUGUAAAUGUUUUAGAUAUAGAUAUUUUGUUCUGUAAGUAUAACAUCAAUUUAACUUCUUAGGGAUCGAAUAAAAUAUAUAUGUAUAUUUUUCUUCACAUGAAUAACAUCAUUGUUCUGACUUACUUAUUGAUAUCGACGUAACUUUAUUGAAUUUGAAAUACGUAUAUCUAUAUGUCUUCUUGAAUAUUAAACUUAUUGUUAUUUGAAAACGCCCUUGUUGAAGUGUAGGCAUAUUUGAUGUCAGAAUUAUAAAAAUAAUGAUAAAUUUACGCAGUCAGUAUGGUAUUUAUUUAAUAUUAUGAUUUAAGUUCAAGACAAGACAAGUGAAAGUAAAUGUAGAAAGUUAUCACUAGACUAUGAACUCAUGUCUGAAUAGCAUACAUACAUACGUGCAUACAUGUAUACAUUUGUAUAGUACGUGCAUAUAUACAUGGAUGUAUGUAGCAAUGUAUGUAUGCAUAUGUGUAUAUAUAAAGAAAUAGUUUUAAACUUUUGAUUGGAAUAUUAACGUGAUGUUUGUAAAACCCAGUUUAAAAGAUCUUGAUGUGUGAAUAAGUGUAUGAAUCCAGCACAAUUAUCCCUUGAUUUUAUAUUCAUUUUGGCGUUAUUUAAGCUAUAACUUGGUAAGAAUUGAAAGCUGGUAAAUUCGUGUUAGUGACCCUAUGGUUGAAUCAUUUUUUAAAUUUAUCAAAUAAUGUUGAUACGCAGGUAGUGUCACUUUCUGUAACAAGACGUAUUUCGAUUUUUUUUUAUUAUUAUUAUUUUUUUUAGGUGUUCAAUUUAAAUGGUUUUCAAAGCAGUAGUGCUUCUUUUGUGCAUAUGGGAGCGUGUCCCAACAAACCAUAUAUUAUAUUAGGACAUAAGGGAAACUCAGUAACUCAAGUUUAGAUAAAUUAUAUUGAUGUUUUUAGAUGUGAUUGAUUGUAUGUAUUUCCUUUGCUGUGCGAUUUUGAAUUUAACUUCCCGACGACCGAACAAAAAUGUUGCUUUUUCGGGACCAAAUUAAGUUAAUGAACCGUGAGAUGACGAGCAUUUUGGUCUCCAUUUGUGAAUGAAACGUAUCCCCUUCUCUCUCUCUCUCUCUCUCUCUCUCUCUCUCUCUCUCUCUCUCUCUCUCUCUCUCUCUCUCUCUCUCUCUCUCUCUCUCUUUCUUUCUUUUAUCCAUCACUUGGACAUUCAAAUUUGAUAUCCCAAUUUACAUUCCAGUUCUGUUCAACCUAACAUUGUAUAACAUUUUUGUAGCGACAGGGGAUGACUCAAAUAAAAAAAAAA